CGCGAGGAGGCUUUGACAUCUUCUUUCCCUACAACAUCUGAACGUAUACCUCACAGCGUGCCCCCAGAUACCUCUUCGCCUCUCAUUCCAAGCAUCUUGCCAUCAUGGCGAUGCAGAAGCUGCUGGCUCGUGCUGUGCCUCCUACGAGGAGGGGGAGAGGUCGAGGAGGCUUGCUUGAGAGAUUCGCUCGGUAUCACAUAAGAGGAAGAGAAGGAGAGGAACCUCAAAGAAGAGGCCGAAUAUACUGUAGGACUGCUGUCGCUCAGUGGCAUGCCAUCAGGGGUCUCGCCGAGCCCUCGGGGGCGAACAUAGGCGAUGCGAUGGUGCGUAGCGUCGAGCACUGCUUUCAGUCGGCGAUGGCAGGUCUGAUCAUGUCUGUAGUCAUCCCUCGCCGUGGCCGACCUCCGUGAGUGGGGAGCUGACGUCGACUACAGGAGUAUGAAGCUGGUACCAGAUCUGAACCUCUCGCACCUCGCGCAGCUCGCUCCUCCUACCUUCUCGUCGUCGCAGUUUGCCUCGGCGACGAAUACAUCCCUCAUUCGCACCUGAGUUGUACGGCUGUGCGAAGCUAGUCAGCUCU